AUGCUUGUGACAGUGAUUGGCAAUGUUACAGAAUUCUUCUAUCUCUGGUUGCGUUCCAUUGAAUAUUAUAAAACCAUCAUCACGGUAUCUGCCGUGGAAGAAAAUUUUGCUUGCAUGGUGGAAUUGUGCCAUUAUAUGCUCUGUGAUUUGAUACAUUCUGAUGUCACAGAUCUCUGGACUUGGGAUUGCACCCAUGCUGGCUCCUAUAAUGUUUUUGUAAUAUUUUCCGUCAAAUUCAAAGUAAUUGUAUUCCAAGACACAUUUAAGUACGAAGUGCUUUGGUCUUCAUGGUCGUCGUGGUCAUCAUGCCCAGCUGACUGCACAACACAAAAUCUACAGAGGAGUCAAUCGUGUCAAAAGCAUUCGGGGUAUAGUUGCGGAACAGCUCCGUCACAAUCCAUAUCCUGCCUUCAGAUCGGCUGUACAUCUUCCUCAGAAAGAAGCUUAAAUACACCAGACAACAGAACUUACGUCAGUCUGACAUCCAGUUGUUUACUAGCCGAGGGGAGGACAUUUCUAACCUUCAGAGCAAGAGCAAACAAUGACUUUCAGAUUGCCAUCGGUACCGACGAUUGUGACAACUGUGGUACACACUAUGAAUUCAUGUAUGGGGGAUGGUCAAAUACCAAAUCUGUCAUCAGGUAUGGUAUAGGUGGUACUGAAUGUGAUUCAUAUUCCCAAACUAUUCUGAAUCAAACCUUCUUCGACAAUUUCUGGAUUUCAUGGGAAGGGAAUUAUAUCCAAGCAGGCGAGGGCGGUACGGUCGGCAUCAACAUAAUCUUGAAUUGUACUCGUUCCACUCCUUUUGAUGUCAAAUAUAUCUAUAUAAGGACAGGUUGGGGUUCAAGCGGUGAAUGGAGAUUUCCAAACGAUGUCGCGUGCACCCAUGAAUUAAACAGUAACGUGAACGUUUCCACAAGUUCUACAGGUUGUAAUGGAGUCAGCACUUACGGAUGUAACUCAGGAUACAAACAGGUUGCUGGGAACACACAACGCACAUGUUACGGAAAGUUCUGGACGGGAUACCCGUUUGUCUGUUCCGUGAAUAGUACAUUUGAUGAACAGAAUCAGAGCCCUGAUGUAAUUUCAAACACCAUUAUCAUCGCCGUCGUCGUCGUUAUUGUAUCUCUGUUG